AUGCUCUUAAAUUCAAAGAAGAGGCGCCUGGAAUGUGUUGUAGUGUCGGUAAAGUACAAGUCUUUUUUACCUCUUCCUGAGCCUCUUUACAGUUUGAUUAUGGGGUUCCAUCCUGAUCACAAAAAUUUCAUGGACCGUAUUAGAAAAUACAAUAACUGCUUCCAAAUGACAUCUUUUGGAGCGAAACAAAUUAUCGAAGAUGGAUUUAUGCCCACAUUCAAAGUGAAAGGUCAGGUGUAUCAUUUAAUUGGUAGUUUGCAAGCUUUACCUCAACAAAACCCUCAAUUUCUACAGAUUUAUUUCGUUGGAGAUGAUGAGAGAGAAACACGCUUAAGAUGUAGCCACAUCGCUGAUGUAAAGCAAAGCCUGGUAAAACAAUUACAAGCGAUGUUGCACCAUAAUAACCCAUACAUAAAGGACUUGAAAACCACACUCGAAAGAGUACCUCAAAAUAGUAAAAACUUUGAAAUUAUAAUACAAGCUGAUAGAAAACCUGAUAAUGCUCACAGAGGACGUUAUAAUGCACCAACAACAAGUGAAGUAUCAUUGGUCAUAGUUGGACAACAGUUUGAAAAACGAGAUAUUAUGUUACAAAGUCAUGAUAACAAAUUGCAACGGGUUAGUGAAUUGCACCGUUCAUACGAUACACUUCAGUACCCGUUACUUUUCUGUCAUGGGGAGGAUGGUUAUUCCAUUAAUAUCUCUCAGAUUGAUCCAAAAACUAAAUUACCACUUCAGAAAACAGUUUCUGCAUCGCAAUUUUAUUCUUACCACAUCAUGAUUAGACAAACGGAAAUCAACCAUUUACUGUACUUUAGAUCACUUUUUAAUCAAUAUUUAGUCGAUAUGUACGCUAAAAUUGAAACAGAGCGCUUAAAUUUUAUUAAAAACAAUCAAAUGCAACUCAGAGCUGAUAAUUACAUACAUCUCAGAGAUGCUAUUGGGAGACAAGAUACUGAUCUUACCCAUCUUGGUCAGAUGGUAGUUCUUCCAUCAUCUUUUACUGGCUCACCACGGUAUAUGCAUGAAAAAACUCAGGACGCCAUGACAUACGUUCGUCAUUACGGUCGUCCUGAUUUAUUCAUAACUUUUACAUGUAAUCCUCGAUGGAAAGAAGUUUCAAAUGCAUUACUUUCUGAACAAAAGUCCUACGAUCGUCAUGAUAUUAUAGCUAGGAUAUUUCAUUUAAAAGUUAAGACGUUAAUGAAAUUGUUAACAAAAGGGAAUUUGUUUGGGGAAGUGCAAUGUUUUAUGUAUUUGGUCGAAUGGCAAAAACGUGGUUUACCACACAUAAAUAUUUUGCUAUGGCUAAAACAGCGCAUUUCUCCAGAUAAAUUAAAUUGUAUCAUUAGUGCGGAAAUACCUGAUCCUGAAAAAGAUUCUCUCCUUUACGAUAUUAUCAAAGCCAAUAUGAUCCAUGGGCCUUGCGAAACACAGACAGGAGACGACGGGUAUCCAAAGUAUAGGCGAAGAGCUCCAGAAAAUGGUGGUUUUACUGUUGAAAUAAAUGGUAAUACACUUGAUAAUCGUUGGGUAGUACCGUAUAACCCAGUGCUUUCACGUACAUUUGGUGCUCAUAUUAAUGUAGAGUACUGUAACUCUGUAAAAUCUAUAAAAUACAUUUGUAAAUAUAUUACAAAAGGAAGUGAUCAAGCAGCAUUUGGUUUUGAAAAUGAUAAUGAUGAAGUCAAGCUUUAUGAAAGUGGUCGAUAUAUCAGCAGCUCUGAGGCUGUAUGGAGAAUUCUGGCUUUUCCUAUCCACGAGAGAUUUCCAACAGUCUUCCAUCUUUCCGUGCAUUUAGAAAAUGGCCAGCGUGUUUAUUUCAACCCUAAUGACUCCAGUCGUUUAACAGACAUGAUUAACAAUCCACCAAAAACUACUCUUUUAGCAUUUUUUGACUUAUGUAAAACAGAUGAUUUUGCAAAAACACUUCUUUAUGUUGAUGUUCCCUCUUACUAUGUAUGGAAAAAUAAUAGAUUCGAGAGAAGAAAACGUGGAAUUAACGUAAAUGGUUGGCCGGGAAUAAAACGAGAUCAAGCUCUGGGUAGAGUAUAUACCAUUCACCCUAAUAAUACCGAGUGUUACUAUCUUCGCCUUUUACUUCAUGAAGUCCGAGGUCCUACAUCUUUUUUGAAAUUGAAAACUGUUAACGGCACAAUUCAACCUACUUAUCAGACAGCGUGUACGGCUCUAGGCUUACUGGAAGACGAAAGGCACUGGGAUACAACUAUGGAAGAAGCUGUGUUUUGUGGUUCUCCAUUUAAAUUACGGGAACUUUUUGCAAUUAUGUUGAUAUUUUGUCAAUUGUCAGAUGCUUUAAGUCUUUGGGAAAAAUACAAGGACAGUCUUUCAGAAGAUAUACGACAUCGAGUGGAGUUGGAUAUACAACCCGAGAAUGUGAAUUCAAUUAUUAAUGAAGUAUACAAUAAAUGCUUAGUUACUCUUGAAGAUACUGUUCUAUCUCUGGGAGGUACAUCUUUGCAACAUUAUGGUUUACCUCAGCCAUCAAGAUGUGAAGCAGUCUUACAAAAUAAAGAUUACCUUCGAGAGAUCAAUUAUGAUUCAAAUAUUUUGGCACAUUAG